AGAUAAGAAUUCAAUAGACUGUAUCAAACAUCAUUCGUAUUGAUUCAUUAGUUACAUCCUGUAGUAUUUUUAUUAAUAAAUAAGAAAGAAUUUGUUGCAAUAAUGUGGAAAAUAUUAAUAUUUAACGUUUUAUUUUGUGCGGUAAAUUGUGAUUUGGAUUGUACUAAAUAUCAAGUACACACCGAUUUCGGCCCUGAAGAUUGUGAUAAUGAAGCUGAUUUUUAUUAUAAUCCAACAAUGUAUAGUGAUUGUAUACCAGGGUGUGAAAAAGUAUUAAUAAAUGUUGGUUUACCUCACGACUGUUCAUUAAUGCCUUGUCCUCCUGCUUAUGAUUGCAAGGAAAAACAGUGCGUACUUGAUGAGGACUCUUGUUUUAAGUAUGUCUACAAAACAGGAGACUAUGAGAACGCUAGAUUUCAACCAAAAUGUUUAGUAGAUGGAACAUGGGCACCUAAACAAUGUAAAGGAGAUAGAUGUUUUUGUUACGGACCUAAAGGAAAUCGGAUUUUUGGGGAUGCAUUUCUUAAUCAAGCUUCAAAUAUGACUUGCGCUUGUAGUCGUAAAAGAGCUGAAAUGGAGGAAGCAAAACAAUAUUUUUUCGUAAGUUUACAUUGUGAUAGCAUGGGAAAUUACGAACCACUUCAAUGUCAAGACGGAAAUUGUUGGUGUGUUGAACCAAAAACGGGGGAAUUAACAGCACCGGUUGUACCGGAAUUAAUGAUGUCACAAUUACCAUGCUAUGAUAGUGAAUCGGUUGGUUCUCAAUAUUUCCGGCAAUGUGAAAGUCAGAUUUACGCUCAAGCGAAAAUAAAAGAUGAAUACAACGCGCAUGGAACAAUAAAAAUAAAUUUUGGUAACUUGAAAUGUCUUUAUGAUGGGAAUUUUGGACCGUAUAAAACAGAAGAGGGACAAACGAUGUGCGUGUGGAAAGAUAAUUCAAAAAUUGGAAGUUAUGCUGUCGCUGGGGAGAAUCCCACAUUAACUUGCAAUUGUGCGAGAGAUGUAAAAAUUUUUGAAUUACUUGGAAAACAACUUAUGCAAGCUUGUUCUCCUGACGGAAGCUAUUCUCCCGUUCAAAAAGAUGGGGAUGAAUAUUAUUGUGUUGAUACUGAUGGGUAUAGAAAGAACGAUCCGCGAGAAAAACCGUUUGAUGAAGAAGAGUGUCGAGUUAUGAUAUAAAGAUACUAUUC